AAGGUGUGGGCUGAAGUUUUCUUCUACCUUGCCGAAAACAAUGUCAUGUUUGAAGGUAUCCUCUUGAAGCCUAGCAUGGUCACCCCUGGAGCCGAGUGCAAGGAAAGAGCUACCCCUGAUCAAGUUGCUGAUUAUACCCUCAAGCUCCUCCAGCGAAGAAUUCCCCCCGCUGUCCCUGGAAUCAUGUUUUUGUCAGGUGGACAAUCUGAAGUGGAGGCUACUCUUAACUUGAAUGCCAUGAACCAAUCUCCCAAUCCAUGGCACGUGUCGUUCUCAUACGCCAGAGCCCUUCAGAACACAUGCCUCAAGACAUGGGGCGGAAGACCAGAAAAUGUGCAGGCAGCUCAGGAAGCUUUGCUUAUUAGAGCCAACGCCAACUCUCUUGCCCAGCUUGGCAAAUACACUGGCGAAGGUGAAUCUGAGGAGGCCAAGAAAGGAAUGUUCGUGAAGGGAUACGUUUACUAAGUCAUUUUCGACGAAAACCUUCACAUGUUUCAUGAUGAAGCUUGUGAUGUGACCAAGAUGAAGUGGAUAAAAGCUUAUAGCUCCUCAAGAAUACUGUCUUGUUCAUAUAACAUGUACCUUUAGCAAUUAAUGACAUUCAUGCUACUGAGUUCAGUUUUAUGAUAUUCUUCAAAUUCUUCUCCAGAUUAAGAUGCACUGUGUCAAAUGCCAUACAAUCAAUUUCUCCGGUGCAUACUUGUAAAGACGUUACUAUUUCUUUUUUGUGUUGCGUUUUCUUC